UGUGAACAAACAUAUUGACAAACAACAGACUGAUGGCUGACAACAGAAGCGAUUCAUUUGAAUGACUUUUUUUCAAACGACGACAACAACUGCUGCUGUCUUUAAACUAUACUUAUGUGUCACCGAAACGGUUCCCAUUUGUCAUUGUCGUCGCUGGACAUUACGUGAACAAUACAAGACAAUUGCCGACAGACACACACAAACAAACCGGUUGUGAAUAUCUAUUGAAUUUGAUCCGCCAUUAGUGUUGUUUGUCGCGACCGCGCGGGAAGUGGUUAUCCGCGCCGGAAAACGAUCUUCGGUUUGUCGGUCAUUGCCGUCGUUGUCAUUGACCAACUGAUGACUGGUUGGUCUGUUUGAUCAAAAAUGUUGGACAUGUAUGAGCACAACAAAAGCGAUUGCAUCCGAUUGUUAAAUAUGAUUAUCUGUGAAAUACCAUUCAUUAAAUCAUUUACCGACGACUGUCUACUCGAACGGCUACUAAAUCUGAUCUCUAUUAUUACCAAUGCAUUCGACACGAGUAGUCUAUCGCUUAAUUAUCGGGAACAGGACAGCGAAAACGAUCGGGAACUGGCCAUCAGAGAGUGGUUAGUCGGUCACUAUAACGCCAAAUGUCUUAUUGAUGAUCUCAACUUUUCUGAUGCCGAAGACAGAGCCCGAGUGGCUAUACUUGUGAUCAAUAUAUUGUUUAAGUUAAGGCAUUCACUCAAAGACAUUGAACAGUAUCUCGAAGAUUGCGAUUCAUUUGUUCAGUUUGACCGCCAACUCAAUGACUUUACGAGAUACGAUAAACUAUUAGAAUUAGUGGCCAAUGACUCGAAUCGAUGGAAAUCUGAGGCCCGAUAUUAUAAAGUAAAGUUAGACGAGUCCAAGAAGUUGAUCGACAAAUACCAACAAAACGAAAUUUUCAAUUAUAAAAUCAAUACUCGUAAUCAAAAUCUAUACAAAAGCCGAAUAUCGUUGUCAAACCCGUUGGAUGAUAGGCCACAGUCGGCGACAAAUGCUACGAAUUCCGUGUCAGUCAAGAAGAAUAUGUGUGACCCGAUCUCAACAAAUAGUCAGCCAAACGAUGUGCUACUCAACGGCAACUAUGACGACGAAGACAGUGACACCGACACCAACAGUGUCUGCAAUGAAGACGUAAACUAUGUUUGUGUCGAUUGUGACAAAAGCUAUUCGACUAAAUUCGAGUUUAACUUACAUAUGCUUCGCGAUCACCGACACGUCGACAUAUCGGACAUCAUUCGCAAUGCAAACACCAAAAUCGAUAUCGAUAUGAAUGAGAGUACAAAACACAUGACAAAUACUUGUCUGCAAAAGUGUCACAAAACACAGUCCAAGAGAUAUUUUAAGUGUUUUUACCGCAAGUGUGGCAAAGCGUUUCAUAAAAUGCAUGAACUGAAGAAACAUUUUGCUAGACAUCAGCCAAAAGUCGAAAGAUAUGUCUUUGUGUACAGCAAUCAAACCAAUGCUUCACUGAACCAAAUGAGACCACAUGUACUUCCAAAAGCCAAUCGACGCCAAUCAUCUUCAGCCCAGACAAAAGCCAAGACUGUUAAACCAUCGACAAUGGAUACGACGGCAAUCAUAACGACGACGCCGAUCACCAAAGCCAACAAUAAUCAUAAAAAGAAAGUCAACAAAACAAAAGAUAAAAUUAAGACAAAUGUGAAUAAUCUGAAGAUUAGCAACAAAAUCAAUAUUGAUUUCGGUGUCACCAAUGCUUCCCAAACAACUAUUAUUGAUAACAAUAUUACUAAUAAUUUAAGUGAUAAUUCAUGCAGAAAUAGUUAUGCAACAGUUCCUCAAACUAGCGAUAAUGAGAACAAUGUACAGACACUAUCAUCAAAGACAUCAUCAGCGAUAGCGAUGCAAACGACAACUACCACUUCUUCACAUGAGUUUAAUGGAGAUAAUAAUAAUAAUAAUAGAGUCGAAUCUUUUAAUAAUCAUUACUAUAGCGAGCAAUCAAAUGAUGGCCAAAAUCUGGAUAUAUGUCCGCAACAACAGGAGUUCUGUUACGGUUUGCAACUGACAAAUGCCAAGACUUAUCCAAUGAUCAAUGGUUUAGACUCUAAGAGUCAACUCUAAAAAAAGAAAAAGAGGUGGUUAUCAACAACACAUUGGUUACACUUUUAUUUAAAAAAUUGCAUCAAUUAAUUGAUUUUAUAUAA